UGUAGUUCUCAUCAAUGGAGUUCAUCAGCAAGAAUGGUGUCAGUUGUUAGCUCUUGAAAAGCUGAAUGUAAACACCUCAAAUAGCAAUGGCAGCAACCAUAAAUCUAUCUCUUUCUCCACUUCUCUCUACUACACAAACUCAAUCGAAUCGAAUAUCAACACCAACUGACUUAAUAAAAUCCUGCAAAAAUCUGAACGAAAUCAAACAACUACACGCCCAUUUCACAAAACAGGGGUUCAAUCAAGACCCUGGUUUUCUCGGUAAACUCAUUGCUAAAUGCUCCGAAUUGGGUUCCUAUAAUAGCAUGGAAUAUGCACAAAUAGCUUUUGACAGUUUCUGUAAUAGUAAUGAAGAAGGUUAUGAUAAUACAUACAAGUUCAAUUCUUUGAUUAAAGGGUAUUCUUUAGCGGGUUUGUUUUAUGAUGCUGUAUUGAUUUAUGUUAGAAUGGUUGUUGAAUGCGUGGAGCCUGAUGGGUAUACUUUUCCUUUGAUUUUGAGUGCUUGUGCGAAGGAUGGGAGGUUUUCUACAGGAAUUCAAGUUAUGGGUUUGGCUUUGAAAUGGGGUUUUGGUGAUGAUGUGUUUGUUUUGAAUUCAGUGAUACAUUUGUAUGGUGAAUGUGGGGAGGUGGAUAAAGCAAGGAAAGUGUUUGAUAAAAUGUCUGAGAGAAAUUUAGUGUCUUGGACUUGUUUGAUUUGCGGGUAUGCGAAGAGUGAGAAGGCCGAAGAGGCAGUUGCUUUGUUUUUCGAGAUGAUAGAGGAGGGUGUUAUGCCGAAUUCUGUGACAAUGGUGUGUGUGAUAUCGGCUUGUGCAGAGUUGGGGGAUUUGGGAUUGGCGGAAAGAGUGUGUAGUUAUAUUGGGAAGGCGGGAUUGAAGGUUAAUAGUGUUAUGGUAAAUGCUCUUGUUGAUAUGCAUAUGAAAUGUGGAUCUAUGGAUAAGGCAAAAAGGCUUUUUGAGGAAUGUGUUGAUCGUAAUUUGGUACUAUACAAUACAGUUUUAUCAAACUAUGUACGCAAUGGGAUGGUAAGGGAAGCAUUCGAGGUCUUGGGGGAAAUGCUAUCCUGUGGAGGACCUCGUCCGGAUAGAGUAACUUUGUUGUCUUCUAUAUCAGCUUCUACAGAGAUGGCUGAUGUUUUCUUAGGAAAGCAAUGUCACGCUUAUGUUUUGAGGAACGGGUUAGAGAAUUGGGAUUCCAUUGGUAAUGCUAUCAUUGAUAUGUACAUGAAGUGUGGGAGUCAAGAAUGGGCUUGCAGAGUUUUUGAUCAGAUGUCAAACAAGACAGUAGUGUCAUGGAAUUCACUUAUUGCUGGCUUUCUGAGAAAUGGUGAUCUGAAGGCAGCUUGCAGAACUUUCAAUGAGAUGCCUGAGAGUGAUCUUGUGUCAUGGAACACCAUGAUUGGUGGUUUGGUACAGCAGAGCAUGUUUGAGGAUGCAAUUCAUCUAUUUCGUGUAAUGCAGAAUGAGGGGAUUAAAGCAGAUAGAGUGACAAUGGUCAGUGUUGCAUCUGCCUGUGGAUAUUUAGGUGCUAAUGAUCUUGCUAAGUGGAUAUAUAAUUACAUUGAGAUGUACGAAAUUCGUCUAGAUAUGCAGCUAAGUACCGCGCUUGUUGACAUGUUUGCUAGGUGUGGUGAUCCUGCAAGUGCAAUGAAAGUGUUCAACAAAAUGAAAGAGAGGGAUGUCUCUGCCUGGACUGCAGCGAUAGGGGCCAUGGCUAUGGAAGGAAAUGGUAAUCGGGCAGUCGAACUAUUCUAUGAGAUGCUUGGGGAAGGGGUGGAACCUGAUCAAGUUGUGUUUGUGGCUGUACUGACAGCAUGUAGCCAUGGGGGCUUAGUAGGAGAAGGAAUGAAAUUUUUUACGAGUAUGAAGGAGAUCCAUGGCAUCUCACCACAGAUGGUGCAUUAUGGGUGCAUUGUUGAUAUGCUUGGUCGUGCUGGGUUAUUGAAAGAAGCUGUUGAUAUAAUAAAAAGCAUGCCAAUGAAGCCCAAUGAUGCAGUUUGGGGGGCUUUUCUUGCUGCUUGUAAAAUGCACAAAAACGAGGAGAUUGCAACUUAUGCAGUUGAUAUGAUCUCCGAAUCAUCCCCAGAUAAAGCCGGGAUCCAUGUGCUUCUUUCAAAUAUUUAUGCUUUGGGAGGGAAGUGGACUGAUGUUGCGAAGGUAAGGAUGUCCAUGAAGGAAAGAGGGAUAAAGAAGAACCCCGGUUCAAGCUCAAUCGAGGUGAAUGGGAACAUUCACGAAUUUACUUCAGGUGAUGAGUUUCACCCAGAACACACACACAUUUGCCUAAUGCUAGACGAAAUGAACUGCAGGGUUAGAGAGGCAGGUCAUGUCCCUGAUCUAACAAAUGUUCUGUUGGAUGUUGAUGAACAAGAGAAAGACUUCUUGCUUAAUCGACACAGCGAGAAAAUAGCCAUGGCAUAUGGACUCAUCUCUACAUCUCAGGGACAUCCCAUUCGUAUAGUGAAAAACCUUCGCAUGUGCUCAGAUUGCCAUUCAUUUGCAAAAUUUGUUUCAAAAGUAUAUCAUCGGCAUAUUGUUGUCCGAGAUAACAAUCGUUUCCAUUUUUUCCAAGGAGGGUUGUGUUCUUGUGGUGAUUAUUGGUAGCUAAGCUGCAUGAUGUAUAUGUUUGUACAAUACAUACAUUGUAUUGAUACUUUACUUGUGUAAUGACAGAUCAAUUCCCUU